CUGACGUGAGACCGCGGCCCGGGAAGGCGCCGGACGUCCGGAGUUGGUCUCGUUAGUCCCGGUCUCUGCUCCCGUUCGUUUUAAAAGCCUGCGUCUCCACGGAAGGGAGGCUUGAGAUUGGGGUUCAGGCCGACCCUCUGCAGCCACGAACUCGGACCCGAGGGUGUCGGCCGCCUUCACUCUCUCGCGGGUCCCCCUUCCUCCCAUGGCCGUGGCGAGAUUCUGGGUCUGCGCCGCAGCUGCCGGCUUCUUUCUCGCCUUCCUGGUUUUACAGUCGCAUUUCUGUGACUCUCCAGUUUUGAGGAACUUUGCUUUUCGAAUUUCCUGGAAAACUGAGAGAAUUCUUUACCGGCUGGAUGUGGAUUGGCCUAAGCAAUCAGAGUAUUUUACUGGAGCAACAUUUUGUGUUGGAGUUGAUUCCCUCAAUGGAUUGGUUUACAUAGCACAAAGAGGGGAUAACAUCCCAAAGGUAUUAGUGUUUACAGAGGAUGGAUAUUUCCUACGAUCCUGGAAUUAUACAGUUGACACACCUCAUGGUAUGUUUGCAGCCAGUACACUACUUGAACAAUCCAUCUGGAUCACGGAUGUAGGAAGUGGAUCCUAUGGUCAUACUAUUAAAAAAUACAAUUCCUUUGGUGAUCUUGUUCAAAUCUUGGGUACCCCAGGCAAAAAAGGCACUGGUUUGAAUCCCCUGCAGUUUGACAGUCCCGCAGAAUUGUAUGUUGAGGACACAGGAGAUAUUUACAUUGUGGAUGGAGAUGGAGGAUUGAAUAAUAGAUUGAUCAAACUGUCCCAAGAUUUCAUGAUCCUUUGGCUGCAUGGAGAAAACGGGACAGGACCUGCAAAGUUCAACAUACCUCAUAGCAUUACAGUUGAUUCAGCUGGUCGGGUGUGGGUUGCUGACCGAGGAAAUAAAAGAAUUCAAGUAUUUGACAAAGACACUGGAGAGUGGUUAGGAGCCUGGAAUAGUUGUUUCACAGAAGAGGGACCUUCUUCAGUCAGAUUUACUCCUGAUGGGAAGUACUUGAUUGUGGCCCAGCUGAAUCUUAGCAGGCUUUCAAUUGUCGCUGCACCCCCAGUGGGAAGCAUUGGUGACUGCUCUGUGAUCAGCACCAUCCAACUAGCAGAUCAAGUUUUGCCACAUCUCUUAGAAGUUGAUAGAAAGACUGGAGCAAUCUACGUAGCAGAAAUUGGAGCAAAACAAGUACAAAAAUACACCCCUUUGAAUAGCUACCUUUCUUCAUUUGGUUCUUAGUGGGAAUCAAACAUUACAGAUAUUUCAGGUGACAGUUCUGAGUUUCAAAUCCAUUAAGUACUUGAAAAUGAUGUUUGAGUACAAGAAGUUGUUUUUCUUUACCUGAUUUAGUAUCAAAAAGAUUUAUUUUUAUAUCAUUAAGUACCAUAAAUUUUGUUGCCAUUCUUGGGACUUAGUUUUACUUAUAAGUGCAUAGAGAUAUUUUCAUGAAAAGAAUGUAACUUUUAAAAAUUGGGUUGGAAAGAGUGAUUUAUGUUGUAACUUCAUUGUUUUCCCUGGUAGACUAAUUCUCCAUGGGUAAAAAUAAGAACAAAAACAAGUUUGCAGGAUAAUUUAUUGAAUUGAGAGGUUAUAAGAAAGGUGAGCUAUUGAUUAAUUUGAGUACCCACAGAGUGCUGGGUCCUCAGGAUUCAGAAAUGAAGACUCAGAGCUGUCUGCCUUUUGAGGAGCUUGCAGUCCAGGGGAGGGAGGUGGGGCAGGCGGCAGGAGCACAGCAGUGCCAGCAUGCUAGUUCUGGGGGUCUUUUGCAAGGAGGAGCACCACGUCUGACUGAGAGGGUCAUAGAGUCUUGGAGGAAAAAUGAAUUUCAUAGCUGACAGCCAAUGAUGAGCUCGCUGUGGUCCAAGUAGAGAAGGGACAGAAAGUGGUGAACUUGCUGUAACCUUUGGUAGGCUUUGGGGCUGUUUUAAAAGUUCAACUUGGCUUUUAUUCCUUAGCUGUAAGACCCUUAAUGUCAGCCUUUAAAAUCUAAGCACUUUACUGAAAGAGGUUUUUGCAUAGAGUAUUUUUAAAGGUAGAAUUCAAAAGGGACCUCUCCUCAGUGUUCAUUUCUUUUUUUUUUUUCUUUUUCUUAUUUUAAACAUGAACUUAAUUCUUUCCUGAUGCUUGUCUACCUCACAGAAGUUCCAGGAGAAAUACUUACAUGGGGAUAUGCCAAAAACUUGGAGCUUUUCAGAAAAGCAACUGAUUUCCUGCCUCUCUCCUUCUGUAUUUCAUUUCCCCCCUUUGUUGUGAAUAUAUUGGCUUUCCAGUCAAGAUCUUUUUUUUUCAGUUUGCUUUAAUUUAUUCUAGGUUUUGAUGGAAGCUUGCCAUGUUACUUGCUCUUUCAAAUCAUUCUUCCCCCUCCCUCGUGUAGCUUCCCUCUUUCCCAUGUGUUACUGUAAAUUCUCUAGCAUACAAUAAACCUGGAGCUGACCUUGCUCGUUGGUGCCGGUAAUCAGACUCUGUGACCUUGAAUGAGUCACCUUAGUCUUCUGUUCAGUAAGAGAGAAACAUUACUGCCUUUCCUCCCUCCUGAGGCUGUGAGGAUCAGAUGUGGGACAGAGACACACCCUUGGAUAUCUAUAGCUCUGGGUGAGUUAGAGGCAUUUUAUUAACAAAGGUUCCAGAUAUGCAGUUUACCUGACACCAGCUGCAAGGUUCGCCUUAAUUUUGUGUUCGUAUCCUCUUAUCAAAACAUUUUCUAAUGGACUUUUUGCAGUUUACCCACUAUCGGCAACUGAUGGGAAUGGAAGAAGGUAAUUUUAGGGUGGUUUGAUUUGUUUUUGAGCGAGGACAAGAAGUGCAAAUGCCUCUUUGUUGGAAUUUAGGUUAGGUCAACUGAGUUUAUCAUUUCUGAAAUGUUUUAUUUAACUUUGUUUUAUACCAGAUUUUUAUAAGCCUUAUUGCAAAUAGUAUUUCUGUGUAUCUUGCUAAAAUUUGUGUUUAUUGUAUUAGCAUACUUGCAAUC